UUCCAAGGGUGCCAAGCUGUGAUAAAGGAGCCGCCGCCUGUACUACCCGGGCCCUUCUUCAUGCCGUCGGAUCGCUCCACCGAGCGCUGUGAGACCGUGCUGGAAGGGGAGACCAUCUCUUGUUUCGUAGUGGGAGAUGAGAAGCGUGUGUGCCUGCCACAGAUCCUCAACUCGGUGCUGCGCGACUUCUCACUGCAGCAGAUCAACUUGGUCUGCGAUGAGCUGCACAUCUAUUGCUCACGCUGCACCGCCGACCAGCUGGAGAUCCUCAAAGUCAUGGGCAUCCUGCCCUUCUCCGCGCCCUCGUGCGGGCUCAUCACCAAGACGGACGCCAAGCGCCUGUGCAACGCGCUGCUCUACGGCGGCGCCUAUCCGCCGCCUUGCAAGAAGGAGCUGGCGGCCAGCCUGGUGCUGGGCCUGGAGCUCAGCGAGCGCAGCGUCCACGUGUACCACGAGUGCUUCGGCAAGUGCAAGGGGCUGCUGGUGCCCGAGCUGUACAGCAGCCCUAGCGCCGCCUGCAUCCAGUGCCUCGACUGCCGCCUCAUGUACCCGCCGCACAAGUUCGUGGUACACUCGCACAAGGCCCUGGAGAACCGGACCUGCCACUGGGGCUUCGACUCAGCCAACUGGCGGGCCUACAUCCUGCUGAGCCAGGACUACACAGGCAAGGAGGAGCAGGCCCGCCUUGGCCGCUGCCUGGAUGACGUGAAGGAAAAGUUCGACUAUGCCAACAAGUACAAGCGGAGGGUGCCCUGGAGCCUUGGCUGUGCUCACCCUCGCCAACGCCUUUCUGCUUUCUGGCCCUGGUCCCCUGCAGUGUCAGCAAAUGAGAAAGAGACCUCCCCACACCUCCCAGCCCUGAUUCGAGACAGCUUUUACUCCUACAAGAGCUUUGAGACAGCUGUGUCCCCCAAUGUGGCCCUAGCACCACCAACCCAGCAAAAGGUUGUGAACAGUUCACCAUGCACCACUGUGGUCUCUCGGGCACCAGAACCUAUUACCACUUGUAUCCAGCCACGGAAGCGGAAGCUGACCAUGGAAACACCAGGAGCCCCAGAUAUGCUGACAUCUGUGGCUGCCCCAGAGGAAGACAAGGAUUCUGAGGCUGAGGUGGAAGUUGAAAGCAGAGAGGAAUUCACCUCCUCCUUGUCCUCGCUGUCCUCUCCGUCCUUUACCUCGUCCAGCUCUGCCAAGGACCUAAGCUCCCCAGGCAUGCAUGCUCCUCCUGUGGUUGCUCCUGAUGCUGCAGCCCAUGCCGAUGCCCCAAGUGGGCUGGAGGCAGAGUUGGAGCAUCUGCGGCAAGCCCUGGAGGGUGGCCUGGAUACCAAGGAAGCCAAAGAGAAGUUCCUACAUGAGGUGGUAAAAAUGCGUGUGAAGCAGGAGGAGAAGCUAACAGCAGCCCUACAGGCUAAGCGCAGCCUGCACCAGGAGCUAGAAUUCUUGCGUGUGGCCAAGAAGGAGAAAUUGCGUGAAGCCACCGAGGCCAAGCGCAGUUUGAGGAAAGAGAUUGAGCGGCUCCGAGCUGAAAACGAGAAGAAGAUGAAAGAGGCCAACGAGUCUCGGGUGCGCCUGAAGCGAGAGCUGGAGCAGGCGCGGCAGGUCCGGGUGUGUGACAAGGGCUGUGAGGCCGGCCGCCUGCGCGCCAAGUAUUCAGCCCAGAUUGAGGACCUGCAAGCAAAGCUGCAGCAUGCAGAGGCGGACCGAGAGCAGCUUCGAGCUGACCUGCUGAGGGAACGUGAGGCCCGUGAGCACCUGGAGAAGGUGGUGAAGGAGCUUCAGGAGCAGCUGUGGCCUCGGCCACGGCCUGAGAAUGUGGGUGGCGAGGGCAGUGCCGAGCUGGAUCCCUAGCCUGUGCAGUGCCUGCCACUGCCACAUGGACUCCAUACGUGCGCAGAGGGCGGCGGGUACGUGGCUCUGCAGACCCAGCCCACGCCUCUGCAGCCACACAGCACAACGUCUCUACUGUGCCUAUUACCAAGCGAGUGUUUGUAACCACAUACUUUUGGAAUCCACUGCAAAAUUUUCUACUGGCCAAGUUCAAGUGAGCAAGCCAUGUCCCCCAGCUGCAGCCAGAGUUGAGACUAGCUCUGUGGCUUGUAGCUGGUCCUCUGCUUGCUAGAACAUUCUAACAUUUACACUUUUGUUAUAAGCUAUUUAAAACCAGUAAGAAGACUUGAUAUUCAGAAAAUCAACAUGUUUUUUAAUGACUAACUGUAAAAGGCCCCUACACGUGACGCCAUCUGGACACCCACUCUGGUGGGGGUGGCACCCACCCACCACCGUCCUGGGAAGCCAUCACCGCUCAUCUGUGCCCGCGGCUGCAAGAGGACAGCAAGGGUUUUCUUCAGAGUCUAUUUUUUCAGCCACAAGGACCCCAGUCUUCCUGCUGCUGCCAGGAAGAGCAGGGAGAGUGCCGCGUGCGCGAUGAGCCCCAACACUGCCCGCCUUACCGCCGCUGCCCCGCCCACCAACAUCACCACUAACCCUGCCGUGCAGGCACCAGGGCUCCUGAGUCACAGUCAGGCCCCCGGAUGCCCCGCCCACCUACACCUUGAGGGGCCGACCUGUGUUAGGCAGUGGCCAUGGUCCAGUGUCAUGUUGUAUUGUCCCCAUACACACCGCCCACCCACCCACACGCUGCUUGACCACAGCAACCCCUUUUCAAUGCAGCAGACAUCACUCCUCUCGUCUUGGGACUGAGGCUGCAGCAUUGGAACAAAAACAGCAUUAUAUCACUUUUUUCUUUCUUUUUUUUU